AUGAUCAGCAUCCUCGCGCAGGAGCGCCUCCUCGGGUUCGCCCUGGGCUCCGUCUCCAUGGGGGGUUUCGUCCUCCACCAGCGCCGCUCCAUCUACCGCUCCCUUGCCGACGCCGACGCGGCCUCUGGGGGAGCAUCCUUCUCCUAUCAGACAAGUGCAACCACCGGUAGAGGAGUUUCAGCUGAGAUGGCUCACGUAUGGAACAAGGCAGUGGACGAGACACUUGGCCGGCUUGUUGUGUAUCUUAGCUCGCGUGGAUGGUAA